UAUGUCUUCAAUUUAACUCAUUGAGUUCCGUACUUAAACUCAGUCAAACAUGAGUGCGAAACUUACCAUCUUAUUACUAUUUGUUUCUGUUGUUUUGGCAAAACAAACAUUAAUUCGGCUUCCGAAAGUCAACCCAGACGGAGGCAUUGCAAAACAAGGACGAAUCAUAGGUGGCAAUCCAGCCGCAGUUGGCGAGUACCCAUGGCAGGCUGCCAUCUACACUACUAAACCAGAUGGAAGAUACUUCUGUGGUGGAACUCUUCUCAACGACCAGUGGAUUCUGACAGCAGCCCAAUGUGCAUACGAAGCUACAUCGUUUACUAUACAGUUGGGAUCUAAUCAGCUCUCGGGAACAGAUCCCAAUCGUCUUACUGUAACUGCGUCGAAAUAUUUCAUAAACGACCGGUUUGAUCCUACUGUCAGUCUUGCCCAUGACAUGGCUGUUAUAAAGUUAAACGAACCGAUAAAUUUCACAGACUAUAUCAAACCUGUUGACUAUUAUGGUAGAAUGGGAAUGUUGUAUCCAGGUGCCGUUUUAACAGUUACAGGAUGGGGACAAGCGAGUGAUGCUGAUACUAAUUUAAUUAAUGACCUUCAAACAGUUGACGUUUCUAUUAUCCAGUCGAAAGAAUGUAGUAUUUACUAUGGUGACCAAAUCGUAGAUGGUAUGCUUUGUACAGUAGGCCUUACAAACAAUGAAGGAAUAUGUUUUGGAGACAUCGGUGGACCCCUGUUAUCUAGAGCUACCUCUGGAAAUGGAACUUCAGUAAUGGCUAUUUCUAGCUGGGUAAGUCAAAACGGCUGCGAAAGUGCUUAUCCAAAGGGAUAUACAAGAGUAGAUUGGUAUAAUAACUGGCUUACACAAACUUUAGAAAAUAACUAAUAAAACAUUAUUGUACAUGGAUUAAAUUAGACUUGAAACAAUAAAAAUAGAGCGAUAAA